UGCUUAGUUCCUCUGACCAGGAAGAGAAGUGUGCAGGAUGGCAGCUCGCUGCUGGGAAAAGCUGCAGGAGCUGACACAGAAGUACAAGGAGUUUGUGGUCCAGAACCCUUCGGGGGCCACACAGGUGGAGGGGGCUGUGCGCAUGCUCUCCUACCUCAUUGCAGGACGCUUUACAGAUUCCCAUGAGUUGUCAGAGCUGGUUUACUCCUCCUCCAGUCUCCUGGGUAUACUCAAUGACGGGAUCCUAAGGAAAGAAUUUCUUAAACCACCACCAACUGAUGCCGCCCAGCAGCGUCUUAAAAUCUGGCUGGGAGUCUUGGAAAGCCUGGAGGUUUUCAUAGAAAUUGGAUCUGCUCGUGCAUGGGGGGAUAAAAUAAGAUGGGCGGCCAUACUGGUUAUACAGCUGCUGAAGGCCUGUCUCCGUAUUGUGCUGCUCCUGUGGUAUAAGUCCGGUAUCCAGACCUCCCCCCCUGUCACUCCGAUAGACCGUGAGGCGGUAACGAACCAAACAGGUGAGGAAAGCGAUGAAAAGCAAGACACCUGUUUUGUGGGCAGCCGCUCCAGCCGCGCUGUGCGGUCCCUCAGUGACACUCCCUCUGGCCGUAAUCGCUUUUGGAGAAGCCCGCAGGUCUCAGAGCAGAGGAAGGAAGGGCGCAAUGAAGAGAAUGGGAAACCUACAGAUCUGGGGACGCUGGGCACCAUAGCCGAAACAGUUCACGUCCUGAGACCUGUUACACACCUGGCGAGCUUGGCCGUAUGGGGUCAGAAAUCAUGGAAACCGUGGUUGAUGGCUGCUGGAUUGGAUAUUGCCAGCCUGUCCGUUCUGCGUGACAUCCACCCUCUGAGCCGCAGGGAGCGAGGAGAGCUGAGGAGAAGGACCCUGCUUUUAAUUUAUUACUUGCUUCGUUCCCCUUUUUAUAAUCGUUACACUGAAAUUCGCCUGCUCCUCCUCCUACGUCUCUUGGGAGACUACGUCCCAGGGCUCGGACUGGUGGCACGGCCUCUGAUGGACUACCUACCUGUGUGGCAGAAGAUUUACUUCUACAACUGGGGUUGAAGGACUUUUGGGGUUCAUCUGGACUCUUCGUUGCUCCUCGGUCAGGACACUAGGAUUACAGAGUAUACUGUGUUACCAGCAUGUCAAUAUGGCACCAUCACGGCUCAGAAGGGAUGAUUUGGGACAUGAAAUCUGGAUUUUCCAAUAAUAAACUGUGACUAUAUUUCUUAGGCCUCCUGCACAUGAACGUGUGGGCCCCAUGGUCGUGCUGCGGCCCACAAAUCGCAGGCCGCAAUGCACAAACACCACAGAGGAUCGCGGACCCAUUCACUUGCAAUGCACGAACACAGCAGCGGAUCGCAGACCCAGACCCAUUCUCUUUAAUGAGUCUGCGAUCUGGCCGUUCUGCAAAAAGAUAGGACAUGUUCUAUCUUUUUGCGGAACGGAAGUACGGGAUGAAACCCCAUGGAAGCACUCCGUAGUGCUUCCGUAGGGUUCCAUUCCGCGUCUCCCGGAUUUGCGGACCCAUUGAAGUGAAUGGGUCCGCAAUACAGCCACGGGAGAGCACACGUUUGUGUGCAGGAGGCCUUAAACUGUGAUGUUUCCUACGACUGUCUAGGAUAUGAGAGAGACCCUGGGAGAAUUGUGGACACUGGAUUCUGGGAUACUUCCAUCAUUUCCAUUAUUAAAGGGCUUGUAAGAGAUUAGAAAAGCAUGGGGGUUGCUUCCAGAAAGUGUCACGUGUGUCCAAAUGCUGGAUCUGGUAUUGCAACCCCGUUCAGUUCACAGCCCAUGGAAGAAAGCAGCCAUGUUUUUCUAAUGUCAUCAGCCACUUUCAUUUUGUAUAAUUUUUUUUUUUUUAAUGGGUUAUCUGCGAUCUAUAAAAAAUGGUAGACUGAAAAAAAUAAUUAAUAAUAAAAUACUCACCUUGAUAGAGCCUCCCAAACCAUGCGGCUCCAGGCUCCGCUGCUUCAGAUCCCCUAUGGACUUGAAGUGUGCUGUCUCCAUACGUGUCACUGCUGCCAGCCAAUCAGUGGCCCCAGUGAUGACAUGCAUGUGGCCCUAGGACCACACAUUUCAAGUAGGCUCUGACAAGGUGAAUAGGAGCCUAUGCCCGGCCACCCCAUAAUACCAACUUUACACAGAUCGACUGAGCUGCCAAUUAUUGGGAACAAACUGUUCCUGGUAAUUGCUUACUCAUCGGAGGAGCUGAGAGCUACAUUCACAUGCCCCUUACUGAUCGGCAAGGGGGCCAGGAGUCGGAUCCCCACUGAUCUAAUUGAUGACUUAUGCCAGGGAUCCGCAGCCUCUGACCUCUUGAAACUACAACUUCUAGCAUGCACGCUUGCUCAGCGGUUCUUCAAACUCUCACAGAAGUGAAAUGGAGCAUGCUGGGGGUUAUAGUUUCACAACAGCUGGUGUUCUGGAGGUUGCGGACCCCCGACUUGUGCUAAGGAAAGGCCAUCAGUAUGCCGAUUCUACAUAAAACCUUUAAUCAGACAUUCCUGAGAUCUGCUAUGCACAUGUACCAUGUUGUCUUACAUAUUAGAAAGCCUAGCUAUCGGCUAUCUCUCCAGCCCCUCCAAUGUGUCCUGGACGGGAGAGGGGACAGUCGCUAUGGCAGUGACGGUCUCCCUUAAGGGUGUAUUAGACAGCCCGGUUAAACAGGCGAUUGUCGGGAAGGAAGCGUUCCUUCUCAGCAAUCAUCUGCUUGCUAGUGGAGGAGACCGCUGCUGUUGCAUGCAGCGACCUCCUCCACGGUAAGGGGAGGAUCGGUCGUUAUGCCAUCGCUCUUCCCCUAUACUGAAUAAUUGUUUGCCGGCAGCAGACUGCAAUUAGACGCCAUGAUCUGCCGCCUACAAACGAUGAUUUGUUAACCUGACAAAAGAUUUGGAUCGCCCAAUGAGCGAGAGUUUGCUCGUUCAUCGGGCAAUUGGUGGCAGUAUUAGACUGCCAGAUGAUCGCUAACGAGCCUUACUAUGAACGCUCGUUAGCAAACAUCUGCUGAAAAAUCGUCAUGUGUAAUACAAUCCUUACCGGCAGCGUCAGAAAGGCCCCCCCCAUGCACAUUGAAUAGUUGUUUGGUCAGUGGGUUCAACUGACUCUGCCCAUCAAACAUCUUCUCUACCAAGAUGACGCAGAGCAUGGACCCUCAGCCUGACACCUCCACGCAUGGGUCCGAUAGCGGUUACAUAGGCUGUCUCCAUGAUAUUACACCUUGGAGCCUAUAGCCUCAAUGGUUAUUUCCUGCCGAUUUAUGUUACAUGAUGCUGUAAUUUACAUCCAGAGCUGCGUUCAGAAUUCUGCUGAUACUCUACUGUAUCUAUAUGACCCCAACAGUAAGUAAAGGCUCCCUUGAUGGGCGGAGAGAUGGAUCUGAUAAUUAGGGGGCAAUGUCUUGCUUCGUGACUGGUUAUGUGAAUCGUUGGUAUAAUUCGGCCUCAGUUGUCCCCCGGUUUCUACAGUGCUCUCUGCAGGAAACCUUAAGAAGGGGGGGGGGGGGGUGGAUGCUGAGGAUCUCAAAAUUGCUGAGCUCUCCUCCCCCACCGAUCUGAUAUUGAUGAUGGGCCAUCACUACUGAGACUGGAAAACCUAUUUAAGAAACUUUGGAUGUGAAUAGAGAAACUUGUGUGUGACUUUAAACCUGUACCAGAUAAGAAAAGCAAAGUUCUUUUAAUUUUAAAUUUUUCUUUUGUAAGUUUAAACAUAAAAUGAUUGAAAAGUGUUAUUUUCCUUCAAAGAUUUUGCAAAUUCUGCUGUACGUGUGGCUGUGACUUGUACAGUGAAGUCCUUUAUUAAAUUAAUCAAUGCGAUGAUAGUAAAAUAAAGUUUAGUCACUUUUCUCCAAUUAGCAAUAAAAAAAUAUAUAUCUGA